CUCACAAUUUCCAUACUCUCAUUCAAGCUUAAUAUUAUCUUCUCUAUAUAUUUAUAUUUAUAUUUAGUUUUAGUUUUAGUUUUUAUUUUUUGUUCUUUCUUCGUAGAGAAGAAAAAAAUCAAAAUAAUCUUCAAAAAUUCACAACCUCUCUUCUUCUCUAAUCACUCUGCAACUCCAGAUCUGUUAACAUAUAUUCUGUAUAUACACCAAUACAUACAUAUAAUUAAUUAGGUUUCGAUUUCAUAGACAUGGGAACAGAAGUAUUGAGGCCACAAGAUUGUAUCAGAGAAGCUCCGGCGAUCUUCACUCAUCGGAAAAGUUUCCAUCACGGCGUGCCGAAAGUCAACAGGAAACCGGUCAGGCAAGCCAGGCCGGAGAACCGGCGGAAGUCACCGGAGCCGAAAAAACCGGCGACUUUUUCGGAGGACGAUCUAACGCCUAGCAACCCUAAGAUUGUGUUAGGUCAGGUAACGAUACUACGAAGAGGCGAAUCGCUGGAUCUGAAAGUGAAGGCGAGUGAGAAAAAAGAAAUUAGUAAGGAAAUGACGGUGUACGGAACGGGUCGGUUGGGUCCGGAUCCGAAAAACGUCCCGAAACAAGUGAGGUUCGGGUUGCCGGACACGUACGCCGGAUCUGCGUUUUUCACGUCUCCGGCGCCGAGUUCGUUGCCCCUACCGUCCUUUUUCAGGAAGGAUUGUGGCGUCAAGGCGGUGGAUGAUUCGGUAGCGACUAGGGAUUUGAGGCGGUUGUUGAGGCUGGAUUAAAAGGAGCUGUGGUUGUGGUUGUGGUUGGCUUUAUGAUUCUGCUAGUUUGAUUUGAGCUAUUCUCGUGUUUUCAGAGAUGUUUUGAACCUCGCCAUGAUAUUUUUUCACAAGUGGCGAGGACUAAACAUCUGAAAAUAGAGAGCUAGUACCCAAGUGGAUUAGAGGAAUGAUCAUCUAAUUAAUUCUAUUGAGUAACUUAUGAAUAUAUAUAGAUAAGUAUUAUGUAUUUAAGUAGUUUUAUGAAGGUUAUUUAGGGGAAGAUUCACAAGCUUCGUUUGUUAAUAAUGGUUGGUUUGGGUGUGUUAAUAAAUCUUAAGAUGAUUCUUAAGUAAGUAGGGGUGAGUGAUUUAGGUAUGGAAAAUUGGGGAGUAAGAUGUUUUUAUUUUGGAAGAUUGUUAAUUAAGAAGUGUUGGUUCUUGAGGUCUGUGUAGUUUGUAAGCUUUGUUUUCUUAUGUAAACCAGCAGCUGCGAUUGCUAUGUAUCUUGUUGUAAGAUUGUUUGUAUGAUAAUAAUAAAAUUGUGUUUGAGAUA